UCUAGCAGUUUAAGUUGAUCUGAAAAAUUUUAGGAUAAUUUAUAAUAGAACUAGAUUAGAUCUAGAUUCUAGAUCUUCGUGUAAGCCUAGAAUAAUGGACAGAAUGCCAGAUGAAAUUGUUUUGCAUAUAUUUACUAAAUUAUCGUUACCUGACUUGAUUUUUGGGGCACGACUGACAUGUUGGCGCUGGUAUCGUCUAUCAAAAGAUGCUUCCUUGUGGAUUAAUGUUGAUCUGUCAUCUAUCAGAUGUUGUCAAAAUGUAGCUAAAAUUCGUGCAGGUGUGAAAAACUUGUUAUAUGACAUUCAUGUUAGCUUGGAGAAGCUGAUUUUUAGUAACCUUUGUGUUGAUGGUGGAAUUUAUGAGCUAUUUGGCUCAUCAUGGAAGCGAAAAAACAAACCAAAAUUUGAAAAUCUAAAAUCUUUGGACUAUUCAUACAGUAAUGUUUCUCCACGAAACUUGCGAGUGGCUCUCAUAACACAUCCUGAUUUAGAGGAAUUGCGUUUAAUCUACACUAAGAUUUCUUUAGCCCAGGCCAUGGAAGAAGCCAUUCAUUUGCCAAAUUUAAAGCUUUUGGUUUAUCAUGAUUACAAAUCAAGGGAUUUAAGUGAAAAUCCUGUCAUGAAUAAGUUUCAUGUUAUGAGUGUACCUAAGCAUUGCACAAAUCUUGAAGUUGUAGAAUUGCAUACACUUCUAGCCGAUUUUGAUGAUGAUGUUAUUAACCAAUUUAUUAAAUAUUGCCCAAAAUUGAGAAGAUUAUCACUGACCUGGUCUACAAAUCUAACAGCUGACGCCUUUGCCUGUUUAAAUCCAGAAACACAUAAUAUCACUGAACUAGGAUUGCUUGACAGACAAGAAACUGGACCCUAUUUGGAUUUCAUUCUGCCCCAUUUCCCUCAUCUGCUUCAGCUUACUGUUAGUGGACAAAACAUACAUCUGGAAGAUUGUAUAGCUAUUGGAGAGUGUUGUCCAAAGUUAAAAGAGCUUGUUUUGGAAAUCGACAGUAUUAGAAAUGUAAGCAGUUAUCAUUGUAAAAAUAAUUCCCUGUGUGGCCUUGAGCUUCAAAAAAUUGCUUCUAAUUGCAAAGAUUUAAGAAAACUUCAUGCCCCAUUCUCAGACAUUGAUGACGACAGCGUCAUUUUUUUAACUGAACAAUGUCUAUUUUUAGAGGAUGUAAAUUUCAGUCAGUGUCAUCGCCUUACUAAAGACUCAAUUAAUGCAUUAUCAAAACACUCCAUUUGUUUAAGAAAAUUACAUUUGGUGGACAACACUAUAGAUCAUAAGUAUUUACUCAGCCUAGUGACCAAGUGCAGGUGGCUAGAGGAAUUGAUAUUUGACAGUAAACUUGUUUCUCAACCGUUGUGCCACUCACCUCAAGCUUCCACUUCUAGUGAAAGUACUCAAAGUAUGAUUUUAAAUGACAACAUUCCAUUCAUAGACAUGACACAGAGUGCUGAUGAAUACCAUGCUCUAUUCACUGCAUUAAAUACAAAUAGUGAGAUAUCCCAGUUAAGUGAAACUGAAAUGAAUACUUCCUUGCUUUCACUUCCAGAUACUGUUCAUUCGAUAAAAUGGAACCACUGUCACCUGAGAAAGUUGUCUUUGAAGUACUCAAUGGCUAGUGAACAAUGCUUAGAGGAUCUUUUCAAAGAAUGUCCUGACUUGACUUGCGUUUCACUGGAUGGAGCAAAAAAUCUUACAAACAACUUAAUCAUCAGCUUGGCCAAAUCUUGUCCUAAUUUGCGCAAUCUUAGCAUUUCUCUAACCACAUCUCUCAGAAACAAUUGUGAUUCUUACUUUGGUGAUGAAGGUUUAAUGGCUUUGAUAAAAUAUUCACACAAUCUUGAGAUGUUAAGUUUUCUUUACAAUUCUAACAUAUCACAAAUUGGUCUCACAAACCUGUUUUUGGCUCUAGACACAUCUCUGAGAUCAUUAAUUUCUGUUAGCUUAUGUGUGGGCUCUGGCUAUCCUUGUAAUAUCUCUAUUGUUAAGGAACAUGGUCUCAAGUACUUAACAGAGCAGUCAAAACAACAGCUGAAAGAUGCCACUACUACCACUUAUGGUAUUAGUUUUAUGAUUUUGCAUUUAGACUUUCAGAAAAGAAAAUAUAUCUGUUAGACAACCUAGUUUAUUUUUAAAAUGUAUUUUCAACUUUGUUUUAAAUCAAGUCUGAAGUUUUUAUUGAUUGGCAUUGAAUAGCAAUGGUUAGGUGCUAACCACUUACCAGGUGUCAAAAUAUUCCUUAUACUUUUUACUUAUGGGUGGUCGUAGUUCUGUAAUAAAUGUAGCUAUUAUGCAACACAAAAAUGCUGUCAGCUUGUUCUAUUUGAUGUCAUAAACUUUUCCAGAGUUUAUUUUUAUAUUGUUACCAGUUCUUUUACAUACAAUUACAUUGUGGUUUUAAAAUACAUUUUUUGGCAUGUUAUUCGUGUUAAAUGUAUUAAUUGCCAUUUUAUUUGGGGUUUUUUUUUUUAAAUAUUAUUGUUAAUUAAACAUGUUCAAUGUAGCUGUGUUACAUUUACAUUUUAUUAUUUUUGUAAUUCUGUCAAAGCUUUUGAUAUGCUAAGAUUGUAUAAUUUAGACAUUCCAAUAUUUUGCUUUUGUGAAUUGAUGAUUUAAUAAUAGAAUCAGCAGUGAAAUGAUACAUUGUUUUUUUAACUCCCCAAUUGUUCUCACUACUUUUUUUCUGUAUUUAUUUUUAUCCUAGUCAAACUUUUAAGUCUUAUUUCCACUCAACCAUGCAUUUUUUUGGUGAUUAAUGUUGAAAUCCUUUGCUUAAAUUAUAGCAUUUGUUUUUUUUUUAUUAAAAGAUGUGAUGUUUUUAAAUAAUAUAUUCAUGUGAUACAUAUUUUGACAUGUUGGUUUUUAUUUAU